AUGCCAAACCAAACCAAGGACAACAUUGCCACAAUUGAUGAGACCGGUCAUCCGUACAUCUACGAGCAGAAUGUGACGGUUAAACUGACCAGCAAUACCGGUCUCGUUCGGUUGAACGUCUACCGUCCCAAAGCAAUCGAAAAGGUCCCUGUCAUCGUCACAUAUGGCCCGUAUGGAAAGGAUACAGCGUAUAGCGAAUUUCUUCACCAUUCCUGGAAGGACGUAAACCCUAAGCAUCAGUCUGAGCACUCCGCCUUUGAGGUCCCUGACCCGAAAUUCUGGACCGCUGAAGGCUAUGCGGUCGUAAGAGCCGACGAGGUAGGCGUGGGUCAGUCGCCCGGUAUACUAGAUACAAUGUCAAAGUCAACCACAGACGGAUUCUUUGAAGUCAUCGAAUGGGCUGCUGAUCAGCCUUGGUCAAACGGAAAGGUAGGCCUUUUGGGAAUCAGUUAUUUCGCUGGCAGUCAAUGGAGAGUAGCCGCACGGCGCCCAAAAGGUCUGGCUUGUAUUAUUCCUUACGAAGGUAUGGCCGACUACUACCGUGACCGCUGUCGUCAUGGCGGUAUCUUAACACUUCCAUUUCUGGAGUUCUGGAUGAAUCGACAGGUCAAGUCGAAUCAGUACGGCUUACCCGGCCGGUCGAAAAAUCAGCGCGGUCCGGACACCAUCGAGGGCGAUCUCAGUCAGGAGGAGCUCCUUGCGAAUCGGCGUGACCAGGAUGUCGAAAACCUUGAUAGUUUCUUCCGAGAUGACGAAUACUACGCUUCGCGAGACUAUAAUCUGGAAGAUAUCGAAGUGCCUCUUCUAUCUGUGGGCAACUUGGGUAACAUAGUAGUCCACCUUCGUGGCAAUAUCGCUGGCUAUGUCCAUGCAGGGUCACGCUACAAGUUUCUGCGUCUAGGGACUGGUCGUCACGAUUUGCCUUUCUACGCAGACACGGAAGUUGAAUUGCAGAAAAGUUUCCUGUCUGCGUUUUGCAAGGGAGAUGAUUAUGCUGGCUGGACCGAAGGGAAGCAGCCCAAAGUCUCUAUUGCCAUACGCAAGGGUUCCGUUAAAUACGAUAGCCUCGAAGCUGCGGCAGGCAAGGUUUAUUCUUAUCGACCAGAGUCAGAGUGGCCUCUCGCCAGGACACUCUAUACGAAAUACUUCUUGAGCCCUGAUCUUUCUCUCGGCUUUGGGCAACGCACAUCAGACCUACACGAAAGACUAUCAUAUCCACCAUUGACCACAGUUGAUAAUCCCUUCUUCCACCGAUUCACGACUGCGGCUUUCCAACAGGAGACCGAGAUCACUGGCCAUAUUGUCACACAUGUCAAUGUCUCUGUAACACCGAAGCUGGGAGGCCCCGUGCCUAAGGACAUUGACAUUUUCCUCACGCUUCGUCACUGGGAUUGUCAGAACAACGAGAAGUUCUACACGGGCACUAUCGGAGAUCCAGUUCCAGUCAGCAAAGGAUGGCAACGCGUUAGUCUGCGCAAGGUUAACGCGGAUCACCCCCACCACCGCGAUCACUGGCCCCAUCGUGACUAUUUCUCAACAGAUGUUCUACCGGUCAUCCCUGGUGAAGUCUACGCAAUUGACAUCGAGAUCUGGCCGACAAGUUUCGUGGUUCUGCCAGGAGAGAAGAUUUCUCUGGAAAUUAGUGGUGGUGAUACGCAGGGAGUGGGUAUCUUCAGGCAUGAAGCGCCGGAAAGGUAA